GGAACGUUUCUAAGAGGAGCGCGGGAACGGAGAAGUGCAGGGUCCGGAAGGCCUCGGGAAGACGUAGGAAAGGUUUCUCCGCUGCCAGGUGCUCCUGGGGAAAGCCGGGGUGCUGCCCCACGGGGGUGCUUCCCCAGGGGCUUCCCGUCCUGGCCGCCGGCUGCCUCCCAAGGGCCCAGUAGGUACCGGGGAAGAUGACAGAGGAACUGGGUCUCCCGGGACAGGACUCUGAUGGCGGCAGUGAGGAGGUGGUCCUAACUCCGGCAGAGCUCAUUGAACGGCUGGAGCAGGCUUGGAUGAAUGAAAAGUUUGCCCCUGACCUUCUGGAAAGCAAGCCUGAAAUUGUGGAAUGUGUCAUGGAACAGCUAGACCACAUGGAAGAAAAUCUCAGGAGAGCAAAGAAGGGGGACCUGAAGAUCAGUAUCCAUCGAAUGGAAAUAGAGAGGAUCCGUUAUGUCCUUAGCAGCUACUUGCGGUGUCGGCUCAUGAAGAUAGAGAAGUUUUUUCCUCAUGUCCUUGAAAAGGAGAAAACACGCCAUGAGGAGGAGCCUUCCCGCCUUUCUCCAGAAGAGUUUGCCUUUGCCAAAGAGUACAUGGCGAGCAUAGAGACCUAUCUAAAGAAUGUAGCCUUAAAGCAUAUGCCACCUAAUUUACAGAAAGUGGACCUCUUAAGAUCAGUUCCCAAACCAGAUCUAGAUUCAUAUGUGUUUCUGAGAGUGAAAGAAAGACAAGAAAACAUCCUGGUAGAACCAGAAACAGAUGAGCAGAGGGACUAUGUGAUUGACUUGGAGGAAGGCUCGCAGCACUUAAUCCGAUAUAAAACCGUUGCACCUCUAGUUGCUUCUGGAGCUGUACAACUAAUUUAAAACCAAAAAUAAAUAAACAAGAAUGAAGACAUGGAACCUUAGAGAAAAUAUUUAGAAACCCCACAUAUCACUCUGUGUCUAAGGACAACAGGCUUUUCUCAGCAGUGCUGUGAGUCACUUGGGCAUUGAGAAGGCACUCAGUCAGGGCUCCUAACUUGCACAUGCCCUAACUUCCUGCCGGUUUAUGUAGAAUCAGCAGGUGGUGCCAUCGCCCUAACUUCCUGCCGGUUUAUGUAGAAUCAGCAGGUGGUGUUCAGUCUGUACUGGGCAAGUACAUGACUGACUCACUUUGUGCACCUUUUCCCUUUGUGGCAUUUUUUUUUAAUAUAUUUUUUACUGUAGAAAUGUGAGGGGUUUUUUUUUCUUUAAAUAUAUUUUUGUUGAUCUCAGAGAGGAAGGGAGGGGGAGAGAGAUAGAAAUAUCAAUGAUG